UUUAUCAAAAGAAAACAACGAAAACAAAAUCAAUGUCCAUAAUAUUUUAAUUAGAUGGGUUAUUUAAUCCCAAUGUAUUUAAUUGGAGAUUAGACUAAUUAAUAAUAAGUACAUAGGGAACAGCGUUACUUGGGGAGAAAGCUGCUACUCUCACACAAAGUAGCUGCAAAACCUCAUCUUUUACCCAUCAAAUCUUCUCUUCAACCCUCUCGGAAGUCUCUCUCUCAAGACUGCGUUUUUGUUUUCUCCUCAAUUUCUCUCACUCGAAAGCCUUUCAAUGCCAGCGCCGGAGGAAGAAGAGCCGAUUUUCGGCUGGAAAAGCACCGGUGGACGAAAUCUCCGCCGGAAAAAGCUUCUCGUCGGUGAAAAAAUAGAGGUAAGAAGUCUUGAGGAAGGGUUUCUCGGUUCUUGGUAUUUAGGAACUGUCAUUGCAGCCAAAAGGCGACGUCGACGUUGUAUCAGAUAUGAUAACAUUCUAUCUGAUGAUGGUACUGAUUAUCUUGUGGAAACUAUUGAUGUUUCGGAUGUGGUAGAAGGGUUGGAAUCUGAUUGUACUGACGUUUCUGAUACUUUCCGUGGACGUUUAAGACCCGUGCCUCCGAAACUGGAAGUUGAUAAAUCGAAGCUUGCCUAUGGGCUCUGCGUCGAUGUAUUUUUCAGUGAAGCUUGGUGGGAAGGUGUCCUUUUCGACCACGACAAUGGUUCUGAGAGGAGGAGAGUGUUUUUCCCUGAUUUGGGUGAUGAAUUGGAUGCUGAUCUUCAAUCUCUACGUGUUACUCAAGAUUGGAGUGAGGGUACAGAGAUGUGGGAGUGUCGUGGGAGAUGGCUGUUUCUUGAUUUGAUUGAGAGAUACAAGAAAGAUAAUUAUCUCCCAGUUUCCAUAAAGCAACUUUGGUAUGACAUACGGGACAGAAUUGGUUUUGCGAAGAUCCAGGAAUGGACUUGCUCUACUAGGCAUUUAUGGGAAGAUUUGAUGCAGGAGGUGAUUAAUGAUAAUCUUAGAAUCACCAUUAACCAGUUUCUUUAUGACUAUGAUGCUGAAAGAUUCCCUCUGUUGAAGCUUUUGAAAGAAGCUUCUCAGGCUGUUAUUAAUGAGACCUGUCUCAGCGGUGUGCUAGUGAAUGCUCCACAAGAACAACAAUUUUCCUGCAUUGAUAAAGAUUACAAAACGGUAAGCCAAAGAUGCCAGUCCUUGUCUGUCUUGACUUCUGUUUCUGGUAUAAGAUCAGAGGCAAGUUACAUCAAUAGGGCAACCGAGUUUUCCAGCAAGGAAUCUACUACCGCUCAUAAAAAGAUGGUACUGCACAAGAAACUUAGAAUUUGGUAUCCUUUUAAUUGUGUUGCUAAAUCAGGCCCACAAGCUGUGUCAAGCUAUAUCAGGUCGACGUCACAAAAUGUAGCCAAACAUGUCAGAAAGCAUCUUAAGUAUAUGGGAUGGACCAUAGAACAUAUGGUAGACGAAGCUGGAAGGCAAAGGUUUCGCUACCUCUCACCAGAUGGAAGACUAACAGAGCAUUCUCUUCGUCAAGUGUGUUUCAGAUUGAAACAACGUGAUCAAUCCUGGACUACUCCGGGGAUGGCUAAGCCUCCUUUUUUGUCUUCUGAAAAUCAGACUUGUAACACCCAGGAAAUUAGAUGUAUUGUUUUGGCAUUGCCUGCCUGUAAUAGAACUGUCACUCUUGGUGAAGGAAGGAAACUGUCUGCUGAAACCUCGCGCGAGUGUGAAACGCAAGGAAACGAGGAGGUCUUAACGAGAGAAAGCCGCCAUUUUUGUCCCAGAAAUGCCUUCCCGGGUCAGAAAAAGACACUCCGUGUUAGGCUCGAGCCAAAAACAAAAGCUCAAGGCAUACGAGAGCUGAAAAGUAAGCGUAAACAGAACCUUAGAUAUAACUCCAAGAAGGAAGAAGUAAAUGUAGAUUUGCAGAAUGUCGAUCUGAGCAUGAGAAGGGGGCACACUUCAAGAAUGUUAAUGGAUAUCAAGAAUCGAGUAAUUGGUCGUGGUAAAACUCGUGUGUUACGAUCAAGCAGAAGAGUGCAGCGGGUAAUAACUCCCAUCUCAAGAAAUCACAGCCCACGUAGUAUUCUUUCCUGGCUCAUCGACAACAAUGUGAUUCUACCUAGGGAAUCUAUACGAUACCGUAACCAAAAGGAUGACACUCUGAAAAAAGAGGGGAAACUAACCCGUGAGGGUAUAAAAUGCAGUUGUUGCCGUAAAAUUUUCACCGUAAGUGGAUUUGAAGUUCAUGCUGGUGGUGGAUCCAGCAGAGCAGCAGCCAAUAUCUUUCUGGAUGAUGGAAGAUCUCUUUUGGAAUGCCAAAUAGAAGCCUAUAAAACAAGAAAGAAAGCACAACCACCUAAUAUUCUGAAGAUAAAAUUGCGUCAAGGGGAGAACGAUGUAGUUUGCUCCGUUUGUCACUAUGGCGGCAAACUGAUUCUCUGUGAUGGAUGUCCAUCCGCCUUCCAUGCAAAUUGUCUUGGGCUGGAGGAUGUUCCAGAUGGUGACUGGUUCUGUGCAUCAUGUUGUUGUGGUGCCUGUGGAAAAAUCAUUGUGAAGGUUACUAGCGAAUAUGCCGAGAAGUUUAUCAGUUGCAAGCAAUGCGAACUUAAAUAUCACCCUAGCUGCAUGCGUUGUGAUGGUGCCGGUGUUUCAUUGAAUACUAUCUUGGGAGAAAAGUGGUUUUGCAGCAAAGACUGUGAAAAGAUAUUUGAAAGUCUCCGUGAGCUUAUUGGAAAACCGAGAGAGGUGGGCGUGAAGAAUUUAACUUGGAGAUUGUUGCAGUCCUUGGAACCAAAUACAUGUGGGAUUGAAGCUUCUAAAAUUGAGGAUAUGGCAGAAAAUCACUGCAAACUCAGUGUUGCCCUUGAUGUGAUGCAUGAACUUUUUAAGCCUGUGAAAAGACCUCAUGGUGGAGGAGAUCUUGCUGAAGGUGUUAUUUUUAGCAGAUGGUCAAAAUUUAAACGUUUGAACUUCAGUGGAUUUUACACGGUACUUCUAGAAAGGAAUGACGAGCUUGUUGCUAUGGCUACUGUCAGAAUUUUUGGGAAAAAGGUUGCAGAAAUGCCCUUUAUUGGUACCAGAUUCCAGCACCGCCAGCACGGCAUGUGCCGGGUUUUGAUUAAUGAACUCGAAAAGGUGCUCAUUGGCUUGGGAGUUGAAAGGCUGGUCCUGCCUGCUGUUCCAUCCGUGCUGAACACAUGGAUCAACUCAUUUGGAUUUACAAAGAUUACAAUCUCCGAAAGGAAAGACUUUCUGAAAUUUACCUUCUUGGAAUUCGGACGAACAAUAUUGUGCCUGAAGGUCUUGACCAGCGUAGCAGAUCCAUUUUCAAGUACAGUUUCUCUAGGUGAACCACACUGUGACAUCCUUAGGAUUGAAGACAAUUCUGCUUCUGAUGAUAGAUCAGAAAUACAUCAGGCAGAACAUCACCUCGAGGAAUCUAGCUCCACCAAAAAUCCACCAGAGGAAACAAAAACACAUGAAGAAGGGUUACUGAAAAGGAACCGUAUCUUAAAGUGUUACACACGAAGGAGGUUAAAACGCAUAAGGUUAACAUGAAGUAUGAACACUCCAAGGAGAGAGCAUGAGCAUCCUCAGACAACUUUGUCUCCACGAGUUCUGUUCAGAAUCUUCGGGCAUGAAAGGUUGAGAUUUUACGAUUAUUGUUUGUGUAUACUAAUCUUAAGCUGGGUUACACAACCCCCACAAAGGUGUCGAAAUAUGUUAAUUGGAAGAAAAGAAGAAAAAAAAUUGAAGGAACAAAUGCUUACCUCUCUUCUGACACUUUGAUAAUAUAAUCUAA